AUGGACCCGGCCAGUCUGCAGAUGGCGGGUGUCCUGCCUGAGGAUCUCGUCCAUGAAACCUUCUCUGCGCAUUGGAUGGACGGGGAAAUGCCCUUCAUAACCCCAGGCGAGCUGGACCCCUGGGCUGUCGAGCAUCUGCGCUGGAGUGGCGAGGCCUCCAAGCCAGCCCCGUCCCCACGGGGACCGCAAUACCCGCAUUCGUGGGUGGCGGCCGGCCUCACCAAGGCCUCGGUGGGGCAUCAAGCCGAGCAGUCCGCGAGUCACCCCUACCACGCCCACUAUGACGAUGUCAACCGACGGGGAUACGCCGGCCAGGCGGAAGGACACGCUCUGCCGUCCCAACUCGCCACCGAAAGAGCCCUGUUUAUGACCCCCCCAGUCCUCCACUCAUCUUUCCCCCUCUUCCCCGGAUCGCCCGUCUCGGAUCCCUGUGGCACACCCGAAAUGAGCCAUAGCUCGUUCGGCCGAUGGGAGACCGACCCCGAAAGCGACGACAUGCAAUCAUCCGGCUCACCACACGUCUCCCCACAUAUCCAAGCUCAUUCGUAUUACCCGCACCCCAGCAGCAUCGACGACUGCCCCACCACGCUAGAAAUGCCCGACGGGAGCACUCGCAGGACAUCGAACUGGCUGCCAGUCGACUCCAGUGCCGGCUUUACCAUCGGGCCUGAGUAUUCGGCGCCUCGGCAUGGAGAGUCAGACCCGCACAUGCAAGAUUUCCACGACAUUCAGAGCGCGUUCUUCCCCACGCCCUCUGCUGGAUGGGCCUAUGACAAGUGA